AUGCCUUCAAAAGUUCGAGACAAUAGUGUCGAGCGGCGGCGGGAGAAAAAGGAGUCUUCAAGGUCGGAAAGAGAUAGGAAAGAUAGAGAUCGAGAAAGAGACCGAGAAAGGGACAGACACCGAUCACAUCGCAAAGCCUCGACCAAGGAAAAGACUUCGUCCAGAACAUCUCUUUCACCCGUGGAUAAUAAGAGACGAUCCUCCAUGCCUGGAAAAGUUGACGAUGUCCCAACCAAAUCUGAGCCCAGAUCCAGUUUGCCAUACCCUUCUUUCUCCAAAGAACACAGUCGCGAGGCUGUAGGGGCGACAGCCCGACCAAUUUUGAACGUCUUUACACCUCCCACCACCGAUUUAAACGCGUCCAAAGAUAAAUUAGCGGCGUCAAAACCCAGCACAGGCGUGAAUAAUACCCCUCCCAGUCCUCCUCUCACCGAUCAAAACGCCGGGUCCGGGAAAUGGAAGCCGAACGCAGGCAAGCCUGUCUCCGUCGAACCAAUCCCGGAAGAAGAGAAGAAUACACACAAUGGCAUAGAGUCGAAGAUUAAGGCAAGAUUACGGCCACAAUCAUCGAGAUCAAAUGGGCACCUACGCAGUAAUUCGGAACUGGGGACGAACGGCUCUCAGAAGGGAAAACCUCGAGAUGCAACAGAUACACCUGUUAAGACUAUGGCACCCGUCCACACGACCCUCCCACAGAGAUCCGUCAGUCAACCUACCAGAACUGAGUCUCCAGCUACUACCACGAGCGCAACUGAGUCGGGCACGAAUGUCAGUUCCGACGCCACCUCAAUAGCUCCUGAGCAACCGACGAUCCAACGAGCAGGAUCCAAAGUCGCUCCGGCAGCCUCCAUUCCCGACGUUCAAUAUCACCAUGCUUCGGUGAUCAUGCCUCCGCACUCACGAGGAGUCACCCCGAAGGAGGUAUUUCUUGAGGAAGAAGCGUCUUCAAUAUCUGGCACGCCAGGAGGAGUCACUACAACUCCUGGACCUCCACCACCGCCACCUCCACCGGUCCCUGUUACCGUCCCUAAAGUUGAUUACCUCCUCCAGCACGGUGGAUUGAACCAGACAAUCCCAAAGAAUCUAUUACUCGCCGGCAAACCAAUGGCAAUCCAACAAGCACAAUCUCCUGGCCAACCACCCAUUGUCGUUGCCAAUCUCUUUGAACCAUACACCGCACUUCUCGGUGACUAUGAGAAGGUUAUGUCGAAAAACGGUUCUUUGGCCGUCGCAACGGGCUAUCGCUCCGUCGCACGACGGUUACUGGACCGCCUCGAGGCUGUGUUUGCGCGUGACAUCUCUUCUGAAGCCUGCCAGUGUCCUAUGUGUGAAUACGACCAUUUGGAAGAUGUGAGAGGGGUAAGUUGGGGUGAAGUUCUGGAACUGGUUUCUGGACGAAAAGAUCUCCCAGCCUGGCCUCCGUUCACUUUUACCCAAUCUCCAGUUGGACUUGGUAUCUCGCUCGAAUUACAUGUACCGAUGCAAAAGCUUGACAUUGACGUCCCUGAGGAAUACCGGGAACACUACAUUCGACAAUCACGCAAGACGAAACAAAGUGUUGAUACGUGGCUGAAUAGGCAAAGUGACAACCCUAGUUCACCACCUGAAGAAGUGGACGAAGAGACACUCACAUUCGCCAUUCUCACACAUCUCCCCACUGACCAAAGACCGAUAUUCAAAGAUUUGCUAGGGAUUGUAGACCGACCGAUUGAACCUCCCAGAAGAACUCCAACGCCAGAACGGCAAAGUCAGAAUAGAGGAGCUCGCCCCCCAGCACCGACCCCGACGCCCGCACCAAGAGCACGGCCCGACCACAUCAACAUGGCCUCACAAGCCAUCCAGCGUCUAUACCGAUUAGGCAUGGCUCCUCGGGAUUCCGAGGCGGCAUUGUUUCUGUUGAACAAUCCCACAUUGCACAACGCGCUCGCCACCGUUGCCGCAAUAUCAAGCGACGAAUGGGACAUUUUGAUAUCAGGUCGUUUCGACGGAUUUUUGCGAAGUGGUGCCGAAGACAUCCCCAUGCCUAUGCCCGACAUGGGUCCAUCAAGAGGUUCAACUCCGUAUCGACCACCAACAAGAGGGGCACAAGGAUAUGGUGGAGCCAACACAAUUCCCAAUGCCAAUGGAAAUGUCAACGGCUACCGUUUCCGUCAGGGAAGUUACGCCCACCCGUACCCCAACGGUAAUGCACAAUAUGGUGCACCAAUCGCCUUCGAUGAAGAGACUGAAAUUGCGACCCUCGCUGAAAUAGAACGCGAUAUCUAUGCUGGCAUGGAAGCGCUCGAGGACGCCUUCGAGGCACUACACAACAAAGCAGAAACCGUGAGACGGGCCCUUCGCGAGCGUUCUGCCGGUCUUGCUGCCGCAGCGCAACGACGACGAGGCACAAUGGGAGGCGGUAUCGAAGUGCGUACGGGAACGCCAGCAAGUGGUAUUCCACCGGUCAAUGAAGGUGGUGGCAGAUGGGAGGCAGAGAUCGAUGAUGAGAUGGGCGAAUGGGACGGGUUAGGCGAAAUCGAACCCGACGACUCGGCGAGUAAUAUCUCAAGUGCCCGGCGGAGGAGACCGAAACGGAGGAAUGAAAGACGAACGCCCGCGCUCAUUGAGGAGGAAGAUGAGUUUGACGAUGUUGUUAGUGAAGGGACGGGAAGUCCGAGGAAGAGAUGA